GGAGGAGGAGAGAGGAGGAGAGAGGAGGAGAGGAGGAGAAGGAAGAUCCUGCCGUGACAGUGGAGCAACACUCUGGAGAUGCCCAGCAGGAGCAGUAGCGGUCCUGACUGACUGACUGACUGGCGUUGGGCGUAGACAGCUCGUGCCCAUCCUCCCGUGUUGGCGUUGGGGCGUCGAGAGCUCGUGCCCAUCCUCCCGUGUUGGCGUUGGGGCGUCGAGAGCUCGUGCCCAUUCUCCCGUGUUGGUGUUGGGGCGUCGAGAGCUCGUGCCCAUUCUCCCGUGUUGGUGUUGGGGCGUCGAGAGCUCGUGCCCAUUCUCCCGUGUUGGUGUUGGGCGUAGAGAGGUCUUGCCCAUUCUCCCGUGUUGGCGUUGGGCGUAGAGAGGUCUUGCCCAUCCUCCCGUGUUGGCGUUGGGCGUAGAGAGCUCGUGCCCAUUCUCCCGUGUUGGCGUUGGGCGUAGAGAGGUCUUGCCCAUUCUCCCGUGUUGGCGUUGGGCGUAGAGAGGUCUUGCGCUGGCUCAGGCGUCGGGGCUGUGGGCUCCGCCCGGCAGGAUGGCCACCAUGCCCUUCGUCAGCGAGGGCAAGUGUGUGAGCGUGGAGUGGGACUUCCUGCAGGGCCUGCUGGCCAAACCUCCCACGCUGCCCUGCCUGCAAAACCUGCGGAAGGAGAAGUCUCGUAACGCAGCACGCUCUCGCCGGGGGAAGGAGAACUUCGAGUUCUUCGAGCUGGCCAAGAUGCUUCCGUUGCCGGGGGCCAUCACCAGCCAGCUGGACAAGGCGUCGGUGAUCCGGCUGACCAUCAGCUACCUCCACAUGAGGCACUUCGCCAACCAAGGGGACCCGCCCUGGAUCCCCCUCAUGGAGGGAGAGAACCACUGCGCCAAAGUGCGGCGGACAAUCAACUCUCUGGCUAUGGACAUAUUUGAGCUGCACCACGGCGCCCACCUGUUACAGUCCCUGGAUGGCUUCGUGUUUGUGGUGAGCCAGGAGGGGAGAUUCCUGUACAUCUCAGAGACCGUGUCCAUAUACCUGGGUCUGUCGCAGGUGGAGUUGACAGGCAGUAGUGUGUUUGACUACAUCCACCCUGCUGACCACGUGGAGAUGGCGGAGCGGCUGGGCAUUAAGCCACACCUACGGGCGGAGGCUGGGUGCCACAUGACCAAUGAGAGUGCUUCCAGCUCAGCCUCCACACCCUCAUUGGCUGGGACCCCCGAACCAGCCCCCUCCAGUCCAUUCACCCCUGCCGAUGAGCUCCGGGAUCGAGGCUUUUUCAUCCGCAUGAAGUCCACCCUCACCAAGCGCGGCCUUCACAUCAAGUCCUCUGGCUACAAGGUGAUCCACGUGACGGGUCGGAUUCGCUGUCGCCCGGCGCUGGUGCACGGAUCGGGCCGCUCGCUAUACCGGCCGCUGGGAUUGGUGGCGCUGGCCCACACACUCCCCCCCUCCACCCUCAACGAGGUGCGCAUGGAGGCCCAGAUGUUCGUCUUCCGCGUCAACAUGGACCUGCAGGUCACCUACUGUGAGAACAGGAUCACUGAGUACAUGGACCUGAGCCCAGCUGAAGUGGUGGGAAAAACCUGCUACCAUUUCAUCCACGUGGAGGACCUGGAGAGCCUCAGGCAGAGCCACGAAGACUUGCUGCGUAAGGGCCAGGUGGUGACGAAUUACUACCGCUGGCUGCAGAGGAGAGGGGGCUACCUGUGGGUUCAGUCGUGUGCCACCGUCUCCAUCAACCACAAGGCCCCCCACGAGCGCAACAUCAUCUGGGUUAACUACGUCAUCAGUCGCACUGAGAUGCCUGACGUGGCGCUGGAUUUACUACAACUCCCAGAAGGCCUCAGGGCAGAACGACUGGAGCGUGCCAGCUCCUCCCCUCAUACCAUCUCCCCAAAGGCUUCAGGUGCUGGUGUCUCUCUGGCUGUGAAGGGCAGCAAACUCGAGCCUGAGCUGAAACACAGGGAAGUCUACUCCCACCCGCCCGCUAGCCAAUCAGAGGACAGGAGAAAAAGAGCCCGGCGGCAGAGCUCCUCCCCCGACGGCGCCCCUCCCGGAGCGCGGAGGCGCGUGCAGGAGUUCCGCCCGCGCGAGGAGAGCCCAGCAGCCUCCUCCGAACCCGGGAGCGAGAGCGACGCCGAGGACGAAGAGGACGAGGAAGAGGAGGAGGAGAGAGGGAACGCCUGGGGAGGACACCACGAGGGAGGGAGGGGGAAGAAGAGGAAGAGCGAGGACCAGGGGGCCGCGAUGAAGACGACAGCAGGGGUCGGGGGUAAUAGAAUCCAUAACGGGCGCGCGGUCAUCAGGCAGCUGAGGGGUGCCGCCCCCUUACCCAGCUCCCCCGGGGGGAUAAAGACAGAGAGGGACUCCAGCAGCAGCAGCAGCAGCAUCAGCAGCGGUGGCAGCGUAGGUGCAGGUGGGCCGGGGUCCACAGGGGGGCGCUGGUCGACACACACGCAGCCCUCCUCACACACCCCCACCCCGGGCAGCCUCGCCGAGGACCGCAGCCCCCCCGCCCCGGCAACCGACCCCGCCGACGCCCCUCCCAAGUCCCUCUACCCCCCGCCCCCGCCCUCUGUGUCGCCCCCGGGCCUCUCUCCACCGUCCCGUGAUGACCGGGGGGUGCUGGGGUCCCACGGCGUGGGUGGAGGCUCUUGUGGCGGCGGUGGAGGUCGUGUGGCAGACUUCGAGCUGCUUCAGAGACUGACGGCGGCGGCCACGGGCGGGGGGGCCUCCGGGCGCGUGCUCUUCCACCCUCUGGCCCUCGGCCCCCAGGGGCCCCAGAGCCUCUACGCCCCCAGCACCAUCCGCUACGCGCCCCCCGAGCUGCCACCCUCCCACCCCCCCUCUUCCUCCGCCGCCUCGCAGAGCCUGCGCUCGGACCACCACCCCGCCAAGCCGCCCCACCACCCGUCCCACCACCCUCACCCCCACCACGCGGCCGCCUUCUUUCCCCACUUCCAGAGGAUCGCGGCGCUGCCCCCCUUCAGCGGGUUCUCGGCCAGCGAGGCGGCCUUCUCCGCCGGCCUGCCCUUCUGCAUGAACGGCCUCAGGGGAGCCACAGGACCAGAGGAGGACUGACUGAGAGGGAGGGUGUAGAGAGAAGGAGAAAGGGAGGAUGUAGAGAGAGGGAGAGAGAGAGAGGGUGAGAGAGGGGGGGAGGGAGAGGGACAGAGGGAGGAUAGGAGAGAGGGAGAGAUAGAGAGAAAGAAACGAGAGAGAAAGGGGGGUAAUAAGGAAGAACGGCAAAGACAGAGGAAAAUAGAGGGGGGGGGAAGGGGGGAGGAAUAGAAAGAGAGAGGGUAGGAGAGAGAGAGGGGGAUAGAGAGAACGGCAGGGAAUAGAGACAAGGAAAGAGACUGUGAAUGAGAGAGA